CACACAGCCUGAGAGCUGCAUGGUGUGAAUCUCUCUAGCAGCUCUGCACCUUUAAAUCUCUGCUCCUCCCUCGUCUCAGUGACAAGCCCAGCAGAGCCUCUUUAACGCAUCCAGUGGAGAGAGAUGACUGAAACCAGAGGCAGGCGCUCCACCUCCACCAUGGGCCAGCAUGUAAUAAAAUGACAACACUAUAAUAAUCAUCAUGGGGCUUUAAGCGACAGCAACUCGGACACUAGUAUCUGGGUAAAGUUGGAGCUGGAGGAGGCUCUCCAAAUGGAUGUCGAUGGACUGGAAUGAAACCUCCACUUCUCUCAGACUGAAGGAAGGAGGAGAAGAAGAAACCUCUGCAUGUUCAAGUUUCCUGCUCGGUGCGUGCGUGUUGGAUGUAUGUGUAUCUGGAGGAAGAGCGGUGGCGGAGGCUUUGGCGGCUGCGGUGAAAGGAAGUUUAUCACCGUGAUUUGUCUCCUUUUUUUCACGUUGCACCACCAGGGUUCAGGCGGAUUAAACACGUUUCCCUGAUGAGAAUCAACCAUCCGCGGAGAGGCUCUGUGAUCGUGACUGUGCUGAUGAUGUCGAGUAAGACUGUGGAGUGGCUGCAGGAGGAGCUGGAGUCCGGCUCCGGGUCCGGCUCCCUGCUGCUGCUGGACUGCAGAGCACACGAGCUGUACGAGUCGUCGCACGUCGAGUCGGCCAUCAACCUGGCCAUCCCGGGCCUCAUGCUCCGCAGGCUGAAGAAGGGCAACCUGCCCAUCCGCUCCAUCAUCCCCAACAACGAGGACAAGGAGAGGUUCGUGAAGCGCUGCAAGACGGACGUGGUGGUGCUGUACGACGAGGCGACCGGAGCGGCGGAGCGGCACCAGGAGACCUCCUCCUCCUCCGGGCUGCUGGGCAGCUCCGUGCUGGGGCUGCUGCUGCACAAGCUCAGGGACGACGGCUGCAAGGCUUUCUACCUGGAGGGGGGCUUCAACAAGUUCCAGUCGGAGUACCCCGAGCACUGCGAGACCAAUUUGGACUGCUCCUGUCCCAGCAGCUCGCCGCCGGCCUCCGUCCUCGGCCUGGGAGGGCUUCGCAUCAGCUCCGACUGCUCGGACGGGGAGUCCGACCGCGAACCGGGCAGCGCCACAGAGUCGGAGGGCAGCCCGCUCCCCAACAACCAGCCGGCGUUUCCCGUCCAGAUCCUGCCGUACCUUUACCUGGGCUGUGCCAAAGACUCCACCAACCUGGAUGUGCUCAGCAAGUACAACAUCAAGUACAUCCUCAACGUGACGCCCAACCUGCCCAACAUGUUCGAACACGAAGGGGACUUCAAGUACAAACAGAUCCCCAUCUCCGAUCACUGGAGCCAGAACCUCUCGCAGUUUUUCCCCGAGGCCAUUUCAUUCAUUGACGAGGCGCGCUCAAAAAAGUGUGGCAUCCUGGUGCACUGUCUGGCCGGGAUCAGCCGCUCGGUGACCGUCACGGUGGCCUACCUGAUGCAGAAGCUCAACCUAUCGCUCAACGACGCGUACGACUUCGUCAAGCGGAAAAAGUCGAACAUUUCCCCGAACUUCAACUUCAUGGGCCAGCUCCUGGACUUUGAGCGGACGCUGGGCCUCAACAGCCCCUGCGAUAACCACUCGACCUCCCCGACGCACGAGCAGCUCUUCUUCACCACCCCGACCAAUCACAACGUGUUUCAACUGGACACGCUGGAGUCAACAUGAAAAUUAGAGGGGGGACUGUCCCUUCUUUGGAGGGGUUAAAGGUGGUGUUGUUACCAUGAUAACAAGCGGCUGCACUGGAGGGAAGCAGCCGGUUUUAAUGAAUGUUUUAGCCUCCCGAGGCUCGUUGUCUGAGAGCCUGGCCACGGAGCGGCGUCGGAGAGGCAGGGGAGGUCACAGAUUGCCACGUUAAAAAGGGGACGGGGUGUUUUUGAACCCACAGGGCGAACUGACAAACGGGUUUACGAUGGCGUCCUCCUCGAGAGUUGAUCGAAACGGAGGGCGGAAGAGCCCCGAUCAACUUGUCUCGUCACAAAGAAGAACCGAGGAGACUUAACUGACUGAGAAACUGAGCGAAGGACGCAGCAGGACAGACAGCUUCAUACAAAGAUAGGAAAAAUCUACAGUGCUCGACUUAUGAGACAACAACAUCCUCUCUGUCUUUCUGUCUCGGCUCUCGAGCCGAGCUGACUGGUGCCAAGUGGAGAACCUGGGAUUUACUUGUAGGAAAUCUCGCUCUACUGAAUGUAGAGUUUUACAAAACCAAGGAAUUAACACACACGCACACACAAAGUAUGUUUGUACUGUAUGUAUGUUAACGUACAUAGCAGAAAAAUGUAUGGGCAGUUCUUAACAAAUUCAGUAUGUCUAUAUGCAUUUUUGUAUAUUUUUGUGUACAUUUACGCACAAAUCUAUACCUUAUAUAAAUAUAUACACGUAGAAGUCGUAUCUAUCCAAUCCAACAAUGGCUCAAGAGAUUGUAAAACUAAAGAAGAAGAGAACGGGUGUGGCGACGCCAACAAAGAGGAGCGUUUUUGUGAUAUUCCUAGUUGUCUUUUUUUUUUUUUUAAGUUUUGUUUUUCAUUUAGGUUCGUAAUGACCUAAUGCAGUUUGCACAGUGGUGUAGCCAUUGACUUGUUGGCACUUGAAGCCGGUGCUGGAAGCAGGCGGAUAAAGAGACAUUCAGAGACGAGGAGCGGAGAGGAGAGGCCAGUCCCAGGCUGCGACGAGUCCCGACAGCUGCACGGCGGAGUGGGGAGGGAGCAGGAACUGGCGCCCGAGCAGAGGUGGAGGUUCAGGGGGUUAGAGGGUUGGGUUAGGGGCAAAGAGGAGCAGCGGGUAGGACCGAGAGCAUGGGAGGUGAAGACACUACAGUAGAGUUGACAUUUGGCCAACUGUUUUCAAGUUCCCAGUUCCUACUUCCUUCCCCGUAUGACUGUUCAUCCAGUUGCCUUACAAGAAGUACCAGUUGUUUCCACCAGCUGUUUUGACAAGUUCAGUUAGAAACUAAACUACUGAACUUCCCUUGGUUAUUUCAUCACAGCCAUAUUGUGUAACCGGUACGUUUUUUGACAAACUGGUUUCUCACAGCUCUGACGUUUGUACUUUGAGGCAGAGACUUAAAUGAGAGAGGAUGGAUGCUAAGGCAGAUUUAACAUUUCUGAGCAACUUUUUGGGGCAGCUUAUCUUAGCAACCUUGGGCAAAGGAAGUGCCUCAACACUUGUAUUACCUUACUUCUUUUUGCCUAAGAGGGAAAUUGUUCAGUUUGUUGUCCUAUCUUAGGUCCUGUGAUUGUACCCUGGGACUGGCCUCAGCUACAGACUGCACUUAGCUACUUCGAUAGCUUCACGUCCCUUAACUGCAUUGGGAGAAAACAGAAGGUCUUUCUGCAAAAGGGAUCCCCCAUUUCGUCAAAGAGUGGAUUCACCCUUAAGCCUUGGGUAUAUGAAAGAUAUAUGAAACACAAAUUGAUAUAAAUAUAUAUAUUAUAGAGCUAAUAGUAAACAGAUCUAUAUUAUUUUGUAUACCUGAGCAUGCUGUGGUACUGUAUGCUCUCUAACAGUAGACGUAACCACGGGUUGGAUGUUGCUUUACAGGGUGGGAAUAUGAAUGAUGAGGACCGUUUUUUUAACUGCUGUUGCUGCUGAACACAGCGGUACACAGCAUGUGGUUAAAGAGUUUUCUGAGAUCCUGUCCACAUCAAAAGCACCUUAACAAGAAAGACUCCAAAAAUAUGUGCAAAGGCUGCAAGUAGUUGUCUGUUUAAUGUAGGUUUCCUCUUACGAGUGGAGCAACCCUGCAGCACUUAGACUUAUGGCAAUGUUUGAAGGUACAUCGGGAGCCAUGCAAGAACAUUUUCGUAUUCUUAUCCCAAAUCUCUCUUUCUCCUUUCUGUGAGGGUUGCUCGUUAAAAGUGUUCAAAGUCGGAUUCAGCCGGUAACUGCACAAACGUGUCGUAAAUCGCUCGUUUCAACCUGAUUAUUGCCACCCGUUCAUGAGGACGUGCACAUUCGCGAGUUGCGAUCGUUCCAUAAUCGACGCUUUAAAAUUGCUUUAUAAGGCUUAACUGUUUUGCUCCAUUUGUGGGCAAGUUUCAUUCAUAAAAAUGUAAAAAUCUGAACGAAUCAGCAGAU